AUGGCUGGUGGACAAGAAAAAUGGUAUUUUACAAAAGAUCAACUACAGAAUUCACCAAGCAGAAAAUGCGGUUUAGAUGCAGAUAAGGAGCUUGCUUAUCGGCAGCAGGCCGCAAAUCUCAUCCAGGAUAUGGGCCAGAGGCUCCAAGUUUCACAGCUAUGUAUAAACACAGCGAUAGUAUAUAUGCAUCGUUUCUAUGCGUUCCACUCCUUCACACAGUUUCACAGGAAUGCUAUAGCGGCGGCGGCGCUGUUCCUUGCUGCAAAGGUAGAGGAACAGCCGAGGAAAUUAGAAUAUGUAAUAAAAGUGGCACACGUCUGCCUCCACAGAGGUGAGGGUGUGAACGCUCUCACCAGCUCCGAACAAUAUCAGGAACAGGCUCAAGACUUAGUAUUCAACGAGAAUGUUCUGCUACAGACAUUAGGGUUCGAUGUCGCUAUCGACCACCCUCACACGCACGUCGUACGGACAUGUCACCUUGUAAAAGCACCAAAGGAUCUAGCUCAAACAUCAUACUUUAUGGCGUCGAACAGUCUACAUUUGACGACAAUGUGCCUACAAUACAGACCGACAGUCGUCGCCUGCUUUUGUAUACAUUUGGCGUCCAAAUGGAGCAAUUGGCAGAUACCUCAAUCCCAUGAGGGUAGACAUUGGUUCUCAUAUGUGGACAGGACUGUUACAACGGAUCUUCUAGAACGCCUGACCGCUGAGUUCCUUCACAUAUUCGACAAGUGUCCAUCUAGGCUUAAGAAGAAAAUGAUGACGAUGUCCAACACAAGUGGCAGUUCGCCAAACGCGCCACAUCCGAGCAACUCUGCCGUAGCGUCGCCCUUCGACAGGAAGAAGGAACACAGUUUAGCCAAUAGCGAUGAGUUUGAUAAGUCAUUUGAUAAAGAAUACGAACGUGAAAGAAGGCGUCAACAGGCACCCGGUGGUUACGUUCCCGCAACCUCACAACCGAGUCAACCCCAACCACAGAAAAUUGAUUUCAAUCUGUACAGAGAGAAAAGAGAGCGGGAGGAAAGAGAGAGACGGCAACAGGCAAUGCAGAGACCUGGCAACCCCCCGCCUCCAUCUCGACCUUCCAGUCAACCCCCUCAAAGCCAUCCCCACCACAGACCGCCUAACCAACAUAAAGCGCAUCACUCUUGGCCCCAUAAACCCCCCCAUCACAAACCUCCCCACGAUAGACAUAGGCAACCCAUUCCUCCAACACAAUCACAGUCACAACCUUCUCAAACCCAAUCCCAACCUCAACAAUCACAAUCACAACCUCAACCACCCCAAGAAAUACCCCAAAGAACGCGACCGCCAUCCCUAUUCUCUCCUGAGAAUGUUACCCCGGCUGCCACAGCGGCGCAACCCAGGCGACAUCCUCCCCAGCAUCCGACGCCUCCCCCCAAACCAAAAGCAGAAUCACGACUACCGAUCCCACCGCAACAAGAGAACCAUAAACCCCCGAGUCCCAAAAAACGCCCGGAUGCUGCGUCUGCCAUUCGAGAAAUGCAGCCUCCCGCCAUCCUAUCCCCCUUCUCCUCGCCCAAAGAUAAACGGCAAAGGUUGCCGUCGAACUCCGAGCCAGAAUUAGUACCUGUAGUUAAGAAAAUAGAUGAGACUCCCGGCUACGAGAACGUUGUGAGAGAUUCGCAACGCGGCAACGCGAUAAAGACACACAUGCCUCAACAGAGGACGGAGGUCAGAAAACCAGAGCCGAGAGCGCUGAACGGAAUAGAGACGGACCCCACGCUGGUGUCCAACCUGCUCAAGGAAAGCCUGGCGAAACCGGCGCCGAUAACGGUCGCCACAGAGAAAAAGUCUCCAAUAGAAAUCAAGAAGGAACCGGUGAUAGAGGUGCCGAAACAGGAACCGGAGCCGCAGAACAACCAACCGCAACCGCACCUGCACCCACCAACCGAAGACUCACACAAACACAAGAAGGACAAGAAGAAGAAAGAGAAACACAAACACAAGGAUCGCGACAAAUCAAAGGACGAAAGGAAAAAGCACAAGAAGGACAAGGAUAAGAAGAAGGAACCGAGUCCGCAGCCGGAGAACGACGGCUUAAAGAUCACGAUACCCAGGGAGAAACUGUCGACCAGCCCCGGGCUUAAGAUAAAGAUCCCGAAAGAGAGGUUGGCCGCCCCGCCUCCGCCCCCGCAGCAGCCCCACACGUCCGGCCUGAAGAUCAAAAUCUCCAAGGACGUCUUGGAAAACUCAAGAAAGAGGACGAACAUGGACGGUGGACCACCACAGAAAAUGGCAAGACCGGAGUUACCAAAGGUCGCCGAAACACUCGGAAACGGACAUCCGGGAAAGUGA